AUGGAGACCAAGAAGCUCUGCUUUCUAGGCUGCGGCAACCUGGGCACAGCCAUUCUAGAUAGCCUGCUAGGCACCCCCAGCGCGACACAGCCACAAACACUCCUUUUUGCACAAAUCGGAGCCUGCGUCGCAAGCACAGCUUCCGCAGAGAGACUGAGCUCCCAGUUUGCGAACCAUCUGCAGACGAAGCGGCUGAAUGUCUUGGCCGCAGACAAAGACAACAAUCACGCCGUCGCCGGGGCUGUACAGGGCGCGGAUGUGGUCCUGCUGGCAUUGCCUCCUGGGGCCAUUGAGGCCGCACUGACAGCGCCCGAGAUACACUCAGCGCUGGCAGACAAACUGCUAAUCAGUGUUGCGGCGGGUUGGACGCGCCAGCGCCUAGAAAGCGUGCUGGGUUCCUCCUCCACCGAGAGACGGCUCUGGGUAGUCCGCACGCUGCCCAAUAUUGCCGCGCUGGUGGGCGAGUCGCUGACUGCAGUGGAAGACGACCAGCCCGACCUGCCUGGGCCAUACAUGGAGAUAGUCGACGGUUUAUUUGGCCGCGUGGGCGCGGUGAUGCAUCUGCCGCCCUCGCAGAUGGAUGCCGUCACGGCCGUGGCAGGCUCAACGCCAGCUUUCUUUGCUGUGAUUGUCGACGCGAUGGUAGACGCCGCUGUCGCAGUAGGCGUGCCUCGGCCCGCGGCGCAGACGAUGGUCUUCCAGGCGAUGCGCGGCACGGCAGGCCUACUGCAGAGCGGGGUGCAUCCCGCCCUGCUCAAGGACCAGGGAACCGCCCCAGAGGGCUGCACCAUGGGGGGGUUGAUGGUUCUAGAGGAGGCUGCUGUGCGUGGAAGUGUGGGCCGUGCCUUGCGUGAAGCCGUCACUGUUGCUAGAAGAAUGGAUGGGGUGCGCCAUGUUAAUGAUACAAGGGAAUAA